AUGGGUAGAAGAAGCAUCCUGGGCUGCUUCCUCCUGACCCUUCUGCUCAGUUUAUCAACUGCUGGGCUGGUUAAGAAAAUCAUACGUCAUCGAAGACAGACUUUGAUAGCUCCUAAAGAACAUAACGUCACCCUUGCCAGCGCAGACCAUCCUGUGGUUUUCAACCAUGUCUAUAACAUCAAUGUUCCUGCCAGUUCUCUGUGCUCAGUGGACCUGGACGCACCUGAGAGCGCACAGCUUCUUCCUAAAGAUUCGCCAGCUUUGUCAGGGGAUCACAUCACUGAGCACACUGUCGACGGGGAGAACCAGAUCGUGUUCACCCACCGCAUCAAUAUACCUCGUAAGGCGUGCGGCUGCGCUGACGACCUGCCCGGCCUGAAAGAGCUCUUGAGCCGCCUGGAGAUGCUUGAGGGAGAAGUUUCAGUUUUGAGGGAUCAGUGCAACAGCGACAGGCCCUGCUGCAGUGCACAGGUCGCAGGUGAACUAGGAACAAAACCUUACUGCAACGGCCAUGGAAACUACAGCGCUGACACUUGUGGCUGUGUAUGUGAGCAUGGCUGGAGGGGACCCAACUGCACUGAGGCCGAGUGUCCCGGUAACUGCCAGGACCGGGGCCGCUGCGUGGACGGAAAGUGUGAGUGCUUCAAGGGCUUCUCUGGAGAGGACUGCACGCUCGAACCCUGCCCUGUGGACUGUGGAGCUUAUGGCCUGUGUGUGGAAGGCAUUUGCGUUUGCUCAGAUGGUUUCUUCGGGGACAACUGCUCUCAGACCAAGUGCCUCAACAACUGCAGAGGCCAAGGCCGUUGUGAUAAGGGAGACUGCAUAUGUGACGAACCCUGGACUGGCCUUGACUGCUCUGAGCUCAUGUGUCCCAAAGACUGCUACGACCACGGACGCUGUGUGAACGGUACCUGCUACUGUGAUGAAGGCUACGCCGGGGAGGACUGUGGAGAACGCAGUUGUCCUAACAACUGCCAAGGCAACGGUUUCUGUGUUGAUGGUCGAUGUGUCUGCACUGCCGGCUACAGCGGAGUGGACUGCUCUAAACUCACCUGCCUCAACGACUGUAACGACAGAGGGACGUGCUUCAACGGGAUGUGUAUCUGCGACGUAGGCUACCAAGGAGAAGACUGCAGCCAGUUAGCAUGUCUGAACAACUGUAACAACAGAGGCCAGUGCAUAAAUGGACAGUGUGCAUGCGAUGUUGGUUUCCAGGGAGAUGAUUGCUCUGAGCUGUCUUGUCCCCGCGACUGCCUGCAUAGAGGGCGCUGCGUUAACGGCCAGUGUGUGUGUGAAGAAGGCUUCGCUGGCGAGGACUGCAGCAUCAGGACCUGCAUCUCAAACUGCUAUGGCCGCGGCGAGUGCAUCGACGGACGCUGCGCCUGUCAUGCAGGCUUCACAGGCGAGGACUGCGGUGCGCUGAGCUGCCCUAACAACUGCCAGAACCUUGGCCGCUGCAUCGAUGGGCAGUGCGUUUGUGAUGAAGGCUUCACGGGAGAAGACUGCAGUCAGAAAGCUUGUCCCAACGACUGCCUGGCCAGAGGAUACUGCGUCGACGGCAAUUGCAUGUGUCAGGAGGGGUACUCUGGAAAUGACUGCUCUGUGCUCGCCUGUCCAGAUAACUGCAAUGACAGGGGGCGCUGCAUCAACGGGAAGUGCACAUGUGAGGGUGGAUAUGAAGGAGAGAGCUGUACAGAGAUCAGCUGCCUCAACAACUGCCAGGACAAAGGCCGCUGUGUGAGCGGUCAGUGCAUCUGUGAUGAGGGAUUCAUCGGAGAGGACUGUUUUGAAGUGUCUCCUCCAAAGGACCUUAUUGUCGGCGAGGUGACCGCUAACACAGUGGACCUGACCUGGACCAAUGACAUGUUGGUGACAGAAUACCUUGUGACGUAUGUACCCACCAUUCCCGGGGGUCUUCUCCAGGAGAACACAGUGUCUGGGGACAAAACCUCCGCCAAUCUCAAAGAGCUUGAACCUGGCAUCGAGUAUCUGAUCAGUGUCUAUGCUGUCCUGAGCAACAAGAGGAGUGUCCCUGUCAGCGCCAGGGUGGCCACAGCUCUGCCACAGCCAGAGGGUUUAAAAUUCAAAUCAGUGAGAGAGACCUCAGUAGAAGUAACGUGGGACCAGCUGGACAUCCCCUUUGACGGCUGGGAGAUCUAUUUCCGCAACACGAAAGAAGAAAAUGGAAAAGUGGUGAGCACCCUUCCAUCCUCUCAAAACCAGUUUCUCCAGUCAGGCUUGGGACCAGGACAAGAGUAUGAAGUCUCCAUCACCAUCAUCAAGAAUAACACGAGAGGACCCCAAGCAUCCAAAACAAUCACCACCAAGAUUGACGGCCCUCAGCAGGUGGAGGUGAAGGAUGUCACGGACUCCUCGGCACUGGUGAGCUGGUCUCAGCCAGUUGUUCCUAUGGACAGAGUCACCAUGUUUUACAGGCCAACCUCCGACCCCUCAGACGAAAGCAGUGCAGAGAUUUUCCCCCCAGACAAGCAAUACAGCAUUGAUGGUCUGAGACCAGACACUGAGUACACAGUGAUGCUCUCCUCCAGGAGUGGAAACAUAAGCAGUGACCCUGUCGCCACCAAUUUCACUACAGCCCUGGAUGCCCCAAGGCACCUGCGGCCCGUUUCUCAGACGGACAGCAGCAUCACUCUGGAGUGGACUAACAGUCGGGCUGAUGUCGGCAGCUAUAGGGUGAAGUACACCCCGAUCUCUGGAGCAACUCACGGUGAGGACGUGUUCCUGCGAGGACCAGGAGACACCACAAAAGCUACAAUCACUGGGCUGAAUCCAGGGGCGGAGUAUGGAAUCGGUGUUACUGCCAUGAAGACAGAGAGAGAGAGCCUCCCAGCCACUACAAAUGCAGAAACUGACAUCGAUCCUCCCAGAGAUUUUGAAGAAGUCGAGUCCACAGAGACCUCCCUCACCUUGAGUUGGGAGAAACCUAGAGCCAAGUUCAGUGGCUACAGGCUGGUAUACGUCUCCAGAGAUGGCCAGGUCGAGGAGGUGGAGAUCCCGGCCACUGCAACGAGCCAUGUCGUGACCAGCCUGACUCCGGGAAUGGGCUACACUCUCACGUUGACUGCAGAGAGGGGACACAAAAGGAGCACGCCGGUCAUCCUGUCUACAUCCACAGCCUCUUUCACAUUUUAUUUAGCCGACUCAGACGACGCUGAGCUAACAACUCCUACAGGCUCGGAGGACAAUGUGAUUAGCUUUGUGAAUUUAGAGCCCUCUGAGUCCCAGUUCUCUGGGAUGGAGCCUGAGGAUGAGCUCGGAACGCUGACUGUUUCAGGCAUCGGGUCUGAUGGAUUUGACCUCUCAUGGAAACUAAAGGCUCAUAGUCUUUAUGAUAGCUUUGCAGUAGAAUAUAAAGACCCUCAGCGAUUAUGGGAUGUGAAAGAGGUCCAUCUCCCUGGAAAUGCCACUGGCUCUAGACUUGAAGGCCUGGCGGCAGCGACAGAGUAUCAGAUAAAACUUUAUGGAAUAACCAGUAGCCAGAGAUCUGCGCUACUUGAAGCUGUUGCAGUCACAGCACCCGAGCCUACCUCCCCAGAUGUACUUGCGCUGAGUAUAAAAGAAGCCACAACAACCUCACAGUCUGCUCUGGAUAAUGACACAAUUCAAACCACAGAUCCCCUCCAAGCCGUAAACACUGAGGCUCCUUCCACCUCUGAUACUGUUGUGAUGAGCUCAGGUGCUGAAAGCUCAAACCUGGAUGUACUUGGGAACCUCGAAAUCACAAAUGUUACCUCAGCUAGUGUAAGCCUGGCUUGGUCGGCGCCCAACGAGGCGUUCGAGAGCUUUAUGGUGGAGCUCAGUUCUCCAUCAGGGGUGACACAAGCUCAUGUGACCACAUUACCGGGAAAUGUGAGGAAGGCUGAAAUAGAGGGUUUGACCCCCUCAACACAUUAUGAUGUUACAUUACAAGGGCUUGUGGAUGGGAAUCGAUCUUUGCCUCUCAAAGUUUUAGCCACUACAGAGGAGCUGAAGCCCAUGGUGGUGAACCUCACCAUCUCUGACAUUACAUGGGACAGCUUCACUGCCUCCUGGAGCCCCACAGUGGGGCACUUUGACAGCUUUGUCAUUGAGGUAACAAACUUGGAGAAUUUCGCAGAGAGCCAGAACCUCUCACUGUCUGGAGACGCUUUCAGCCUGGACAUCUCCGGGCUGAAUCCCAACACCAGCUACCUGGUUGGCCUGUACGGGAUGUAUCAGGACUCCUUCCUUGAGCCUGUGUACAGUGAAGCCACCACAGUGAAUCAGCCGGUGCUUGGCAAACUAUAUAUCUCAAACUUAACGUCAGAGAGCUUUUCUAUCCAGUGGAACGCCACUGAAGGAGAGUUUGAUGGUUUUAUCAUGGAGAUAAUUGAUUCUGAUUGGCUGAUGGAGCCAAAGGAAUAUAACAUUUCCCACAAUGAUAAGUCCAGCAAUGUCAGAGGGCUCAGGCCCAGCACUGAUUACAUAGCCUACCUCUAUGGGACGUACAAGGGAUCCCGAACCAGUGCUGUCAGUAUUGUUGCGUCAACAGCUGAAGAGCCUGAUUUGUCCAGGCUAGUUGUUUCUAACAUUACCUCAGACAGAUUCUUUCUGUCGUGGCGGACAAGAGAGAAGCCUUUUGAUAACUUUAUAGUAGAAGUCAGGGAGUGUGCUGUGCCCUCUCAGGCAAUGGGGCGCGCUCUGCCAGGAGACGUGCGCUCCACAGUCAUGGCCGGGCUCAAAGCCAGCACAAGCUACAACAUAAAGCUGUACGCUAGCACUGGUGGCCAGAAUACACAUCCUCUAUUUGCUGUAGCUUCAACAGAGGAUCACCCACAGUUGGGGCCCAUAGCUGCUUCAUCUGCGAGUCCACAUAAUCUCAGCUUGUCCUGGAGCACUGUGUCAGGCCAUUUUGAUGGCUUUGUUAUCCGGGUCAGUGACUCCGAGCAGCAGUCUGAUCCGCUGGAGUUCAGACUUCCUGGUGAAAUCCUUAACAUGACAGUCUCGAACCUGAUGGAUGCCACAGGCUAUGACAUUGAACUGUAUGGUAUUUCUCACGGGCGCCACACUCCCUCUGUGUUAACCCACGCCGUCACAGCUUCUUUGCCUAAAGUGGAAAACUUGACCAUUUCCAACAUAACCCCCUAUGGCUUCCGUGUGUCGUGGGAGGUGAAGCAGCAGCUGCAGCAGGAGGAUUCACCCCCCUCUAGUGGGGGCUUCAGCCACUUUCACAUAGUGGUGACAGACUCCGGUUGGCUGCUGGAGCCUCAGGAGUUCACUGUGCCGGGAAACCAGAGUCACCUGGACAUCUGGGGCCUCAUCACCGGCAUAGGAUAUGAGCUCAGGCUGACGGGGGUGUCAGAGUCAGGGCUUCUCUCUCGGCCUCUGAAUACAGUGGCUGUGACAGAGGCUGAGCCGGAGGUGGAGCAUCUCUUUGUCUCCGACAUCACUGCUGACAGCUUCCGUCUGUCGUGGGCGGCAGAUGAAGACAUGUUUGACAGAUUUGUGAUUAAAAUAAGAGACAGCAAAAAACUAUCCCAUCCUAAGGAGUACAGUGUCAUCGGUGACGAGCGAACCAAGGUUUUAAAUGGACUCUUGAGUGGCACUGAGUAUGAAAUCGAGCUUUAUGGUGUCACAUUGGACCAACGCUCCCAACCUAUUAUUGGGGUUGCUCAGACAGGCCUGAGCAUACCACUGGGACUUCAUUUCUCUGAAGUGACGGAUUCUUCUGCCGUAGUUCACUGGUCAAUGUCUCCCUCUCCUAUUGAUAACUACCGCAUCGCCUAUGUGCCCUUUGAAGGAGGAAGCCCGAUGACAGUGACUGUAGACGGCAGUGUGUUUGAGGCUGUGCUGCCCAACAUGAUCCCUGGCAAAACCUACCAAGUGACUGUCAGUGCUGUGAAAGGUCUGGAGGAAAGCGACCCCAGCACCAACACUGUAACCACAGCUCUGGACAGACCUCAGGGCCUGACUGCAGUUAAUGUCACAGACACAUCGGCCCUGCUGCUGUGGCAACCGUCUGUGGCCACAGUCGAUGGUUACGUCAUCACCUACAGGGCAGAUUCAGCGUCCCCGGUGGUGGAGCAUGUUUCUGGAAACACCGUGGAGUUUGAGAUGGGCUCCUUAGUUCCUGGAACCCAAUACACAGUUGGAGUUCACGCCAUGAAAGAAGCUCAGAAGAGUGGAUCUGCUGUUACUGAAUUCAUCACAGAUGUGGACCCUCCUCGAGAUCUGACAGCUAUUAACCUCCAAACUGACAGUGCUACUCUGACAUGGAAACCCCCGCAGGCUGCUGUGACCGGUUACACACUCAGCUUCUCUUCUACUGAUGGUGUGAUCAGGGAAGUGGUGCUGAGCCCGACAGCUUCCUCUUACAGCAUGGCUCAGCUCAGUGGUUCCACAGAGUACAGUGUCAAGCUGCAGGCCAUCGCUGGGCCCCACAGGAGUCGACAUGUAGCCACUGUCUUCAUGACCAUUGGACAGUUGUUCAGACGACCCAGGGACUGUGCUCAGAUAUAUCAGAAUGGAGAGACAACCUCUGGUCUAUACACAAUCUAUGUGGGAGGAGAGGAGGGCCAGCCCAUCCAGGUUUACUGUGACAUGACCACAGAUGGCGGAGGCUGGACGGUUGCCCUCAGACGCCAGAAUGGAAAGCUGGAGUUCUUCAGGAACUGGAAGAACUACACCGCUGGCUUUGGUAACAUGAAUGAUGAGUUCUGGCUGGGUCUCUCCAACCUUUAUAAAAUCACAUCCUCUGGUCAUUAUGAACUUCGAGUGGACUUGAGGGAUAAAGGGGAAUCAGCCUACGCCCAGUAUGACAAGUUCACGCUUGCAGAACCAAGAACACGUUAUAAAAUCUACAUCGGGGCAUACAGUGGAACAGCAGGUGACUCCAUGACUUACCACCAGGGUCGACCGUUCUCUACCUAUGACAACGACAACGAUAUCGCUGUCACCAACUGCGCCUUGUCCUACAAAGGUGCCUUUUGGUAUAAAAACUGUCAUCGCGUCAACCUCAUGGGGAAAUACGGCGACAGCAGUCACAGUAAGGGGAUCAACUGGUUCCACUGGAAAGGCCACGAACACUCAAUUGAAUUUGCGGAGAUGAAGAUCAGACCAGCCAACUUCAGAAACUUUGAGAGCAGAAAAAAACGAUCAUAG